CUAUUCUAUGUAUCCUCUUUUAUGUUCUUGCGAAAGAAAAUUCCUCUCCACUUCUUUGUUUGAAACAGACGAGAUGCAUAGAAGACCAAUUUCUUUGAUAUUCGUUAAAUAUUUAUUCCAACUCGAUUAUUCCUGUCCUUUUCCAACGUUAAACGACUAUUGAAAAUAAUAUAAUUGAUGGAGAGAAAAUAAAAAUUGACGUUUCUCGAACAAAUUUUCCACUUUUCCAUUUUUUCUGAAAUUACAACACAUAAUAAUAUAGCAUACAUAAAGAAAAAAGUUUCAUGAAUGAUAAUCUACGCGCGCGCGCAUAUAGAUAACCGCUCAUUUAUUUCACCCAAAGGUAAAGGUAAAGAAUAUAUUGAUGCCCGCUUAAAUAUAUUAUACGCCAACGUAUUUCUCCCUUUCUUUUUCCUCUUCUUCCAUCUUAUUUCCGGUUAUUUAUUAUUAUGUCGUAAUAAUAUCGAGUACCGAAACGUCGGAAGCAUUGUAGAAAUCGAAACGACAACGUAAUUGUUAAAAAUUUUACAAAUUCAAACUUAAAAGCGACCGCUUGCUUUCUUCAUCCUUGAAAAAAUCCGAAUAGCAAGCCGAGCAAUGAUUAAUCGAAGGAUGAUUGAAAACGUGGGAGGAAAAUUUUAAGUCGAAUUUUAAUGUCGAGGGAAAAAAGUUGAGAAAAAAAAAAAAAAGAGAGACGAGAAACGAUGCAAUUGUUACGAACGAUAUAUCAUCUUUUGACGUCGUGCGCUUGUUGGCGACCACCGUUCUUAUCCCCAUUAAAAAACUUCGCGUAUACGGUUUACUAUUGCUACGUGAUCCUAUUGAUAUACGGAGCCACGUUUUGCCAAUUCGUCGAUUUGUUAUUAAUCGUGGAGACCGAGGAUGAAUUUUGCGACAAUUUUUACCUUACAUUGGCAAUUUUUAUCUCGUGCCACAAGAUGUACAGCAUGCUCGUCAAUCGUGAAAAUAUCAUCCUCGUAAAUAGGAUGCUGGAAAGCGAACCGUUCCAGCCUGAGACAGAGGAAGAGAUGGAUAUGAGAGACAAAUGCGACAAACAGGCCAGAUUGAACGCGAUUUAUUACGCAAUUUUAGUGGAAUUGUCAGUGAUGUCGUUGUCAUUCGGCGGCCUGCUCAAAGCUGAGAGUCACAAGCUACCGUAUCGAAUGUGGUUACCCUACAAUUAUACCUCCUUAUCCGCACAUAUUUUUAUUUACACGCAACAAGUUGUAAGUCUGAUCGUUAGUGCUAUGAUACACGUCGCUUGCGACAGCUUCAUCUGGGCCUUGUUGAUGCACAUAUGCAGCCAGAUCGAGAUUUUCAAUUGUCGGUUAAGAAAGAUCAAGCACGAAAAGAACGAAGUUACGAAAUUGUGCAUACAUUAUCAUAAUCUUAUAUAUCGAUUGGCUACGACGAUAAACGAACAAUUUAAAAUGGUGAUUUUCGUUCAAUUCACAGUGAGCACGUUAACGAUAUGCGUUAAUCUUUAUAUAUUAAUGGGAACACAGAUUACGUUCGAGAGGAUUAUGCAAUUAGCGAUAUACAGUAGCUGUAUGUUAACGCAAAUAUAUAUUUUCUGCUGGUACGGCAACGAGGUUAAGCUUAAGAGCCUGGAUAUUUCUAACAUGAUUUUCGAACUUGACUGGCCGGAUCUCGAUAAUACAACUAAACGUGACUUGUUGAUGAUCAUGAUGCGUGCGUCGUAUCCCAUCGAAAUGAUUAGCGUUCAUGUGAUUACCAUGAAUCUCGAUUCAUUUGUGAUCCUGUUAAAAACUUCGUAUUCAGCGUACAAUCUGCUCCAAAGUAACAGAGAAUAUUUCACAAAAAUGCAAGCGUUGCAAUGGACACGUUUCCUUCUCUCGGUUUGCGGGUGCAUGCCACCUACGUCGUGGAAAUCGUCAUUUAAAAAAUCGCUGUACAAUAUUUACACGUGCGUUAUAUGGUUGUUAAUACUGAGCCUUGUAUCCACCCAGAUAUUAGAUAUAAUUAUCAACGUGAAAAAUAAGAAUGAGUUCAUAGAGAAUUUUUAUAUCACGCUGGUUGUAUUCGUAACAAGUUGCAAAAUGACCAUUAUAUUAAGGUAUCGUAAAAAUAUUUUAUCUUUGAUGGACGAUCUUCAACACGAGCCUUUUUCACCGAUGACACACGAGGAAAACGAGAUCCGUACGAAAUUUAACAAAAUGAACGAGCGGACUUCGAUUUGUUACACGAUUCUGGUCUUAGUCUCCGCGACGUGGAUAUUCGUGAGAUCGUUCUUUACCGAUUUCAAAAAGAGAAAACUGACCUUUCGAGCUUGGCUACCGUACGAUUAUUCGGAAUUGUUACCAUUCGCGUUGAGUUACGCUCACCAAGCGACAACCUCAAUGUUCUGCUCUUGUCAGAACAUUUCAUGCGACACCCUGUUCGCUGGUUUCUUGGUUCAAAUUUAUUGCCAAUUCGAAAUACUUGAGGAACGUCUGAAAAAUGUUCAACAAGACGAGUCUAAUUAUUCGGCGAAACAAUGCGUUAAACAUUAUCACCAAAUAUACAAAUUUUCUAGAACGUUGAACGAGAAAUUCAAGGUAAUACUCUUCUUGCAAUUUUGCGCGAUCGCGUUCAUACUCUGUUUCAAUCUCUAUCGAAUGACCACUAUAACGAUGAUUCCUAAAUUACUGGAAGCGUCCCUGUAUUUAAUUCGCGUUUUAGUUCAGAUAUUAUACUAUUGUUGGUUCAGUAACGAAGUCAAAUUAAAGAGUCUCGAGGUGCCCGGCAUGAUAUUUAAAAGCGAUUGGACGUCGUGGGAUGACAAGACGAAAAAAAUCUUUCUAAUAAUCAUGACACGAGCGACACAACCUUUCGAAUUUACCAGUGGAUAUUUGGUGACGUUGAACCUUGAAUUUUUCGUGGCGCUAAUAAAAGCUUCGUAUUCCGUCUUUAAUUUAUUGCAACGAACUAAAUGAAGAUCUGCCCGUCUUAAAAUUACUUAUUCCAAUCGAAACAGAUGCAUGUAACGAUACGGAUGGCUGAAAACGAAUUUCGAACGAAUCUCAUUAACCCCGUUAAACCAUUUUGUAUCACGAAACUACAAGAGAUUUAUAAAUAAAACUGGUAUAAAUACUUACUCGAUGGUAGAAAAAAAGAAAAAUACUCUUCUAUAUUUAUUUCUCUUCCUGUUGAAAAGAUACGUAUCUCAUUCUUCAACCAACUUAUCGCUAACGUUCCUUUUAUUUUAUGAAACAUAUAUAGAGAAUAUUUCGAUAUAAUAUAAUAUAGAAUAUAUAUAUAUAUUCGACUUGCAACAUUGCAUCACGGAUAAAAAACUAUAUAAUAAAACUAUGAAUGCAAAAGUUAAGACCAUUAUUAUUUAAAUUGUACUUAUACAUAAUAAAAUGCAACUCACGAUACUAUUACAAUAAUGAAUAUGUAUAUACCGAAGGGUAAACCCUGUACGAAAUAAACUCGAUUCGAGGGCGCACGACGGAUAUCGAUAUUUUCAUGCAAGCAAUAUUCCAAACUAUCGUCGAGCGAUAGUUAUGGUAUAAAGAUAUAUAUAUCUAUACCCUUUUCGAAUUUGUCCCUCUAUACUUUCGAUAAUUAUUGUUGCGAUAAGGUC